AUGUUAAGAUUAACCACUAGAACCAACACUCUAAGGUCCCCAAGGGUCUUUUCCGCUCUUUCCAGCAUUAGAUGCUACUCUGACUUGCCAGUCUAUCAAACAAUCACACUUCCUAAUGGUCAAACCUACGAACAACCAACUGGUUUGUUCAUCAAUGGUGAGUUUGUCAAGUCCCAGCAACACAAGACUUUUGAAGUUAUCAACCCUUCCACCGAGGAAGAAAUCUGUCAUGUCCAUGAAGCAAGAGCCGAAGAUGUCGACCUUGCUGUGGAUGCUGCAAAUAAGGCUUUCCAUUCCACUUGGUCUAAGAUGGACCCAUCCAUUAGAGGUAAGUACUUGCUCAACCUGGCGGACUUGAUGGAGGCACACAAGGACACCUUGGCUGCUAUUGAGUCCAUGGACAAUGGUAAGGCGUUAGUUUCUGCACAGGGCGAUGUCGGUCUUGUCAUUAACUACCUCAGAUACUGUGCCGGUUAUGCCGACAAGCUAUUUGGUAAGCUCGUUGACACUGGUUCUAACUAUUUCAACUAUAUCAAGAGAGAACCAAUUGGUGUUUGUGGUCAAAUCAUUCCAUGGAACUUCCCAUUACUAAUGUGGUCAUGGAAGGUUGGUCCUGCCUUGGCUGCAGGUAACACGAUUGUCUUGAAGACUGCAGAGUCCACCCCAUUGUCUGCUUUGUAUGCUGCAAAGUUGGCCCAAGAAGCGGGAAUUCCAAAGGGUGUUAUCAAUAUUGUCUCUGGUUUUGGUAAGAUCACUGGUGAAGCAAUUUCCUUACAUCCAAAGAUUAAGAAGUUGGCCUUUACUGGUUCCACUGCUACAGGUAAGCACAUUAUGAAGGCUGCAGCAGAAUCAAACUUGAAGAAGGUUACCUUGGAAUUGGGUGGUAAGUCUCCAAAUAUUGUUUUCAAUGAUGCUGACAUUAAGAAGGCUGUCAACUCUUUAGUUUUGGGUAUUUUCUUCAAUUCUGGUGAGGUUUGUUGUGCUGGUUCUAGAGUUUUCAUUCAAGAGGGUGUCUAUGAUGAAGUUCUGGAGGAAUUCAAGAAGGCUGCUGAAAAUUUGAAGGUUGGUAACCCAUUUGAAGAUGGUGUUUUCCAAGGUGCCCAAACCUCUCAACAACAAUUGUCUAAGAUUCUGUCUUAUGUUGAUUCCGCAAAGUCUGAAGGUGCAACUCUAAUUGCAGGUGGUGAAAGAUUGGGUGACAAGGGUUUCUUUGUUAAGCCAACUAUUUUCGCCGACGUUAAGCCAACUAUGAAGAUUUACACUGAAGAAAUUUUCGGUCCAUUUGCUGCUGUCACCAAGUUCAAGACCGCCGAUGAAGCCAUCAAGUUGGCAAAUGACUCUGAAUACGGUUUGGCUGCAGGUAUUCAUACUAAAUCUCUCGACACUGCUACAUAUGUUGCAAACAAUUUGGAAGCAGGUACUGUUUGGAUUAACACCUACAAUGAUUUCCACCAUAACAUGCCAUUUGGUGGUUUCAAGCAAUCUGGUAUUGGUAGAGAAAUGGGUGAAGAAGCUUUUGAGAACUACACCCAAUGGAAGACUGUUAGAGUUGCCAUUAACGAUGGUCCACAAUAA